AUGGCUGGAAUAGAAGGACACGACAACAGUACUUCUGGAGUUCUUGAAGCCAUACAGGACAUGGCUAGUGCGAUCAGGAAAAAUAAUAAUUCUCAGCAAGAAGAUGCUGGAGGAAGAUUUAUGAGGAUUCAAGGAGAAUUCUGCAAAUGUCAACCACCAAUAUUUAAGGGAGUUCCUGAUCCAAUGGCUGCAGAGGAAUGGAUACGUCAGAUUAAGAGAAAACUGAAAAAUCAAAGGGUUCCUGAAGAACUAAAGGUAGAAAUUGCUUGUACUUAUCUGGAAGAACAAGCUUACCAUUGGUGGGAAUCUGUUUUGAGGAUGCCAGAUACAGAGAUUACAACUUGGGAUGCUUUUGAGAAUAUUUUCCUAGAGAAAUAUUUUCCAAGUACUGUGAAAGGGAUGAAGGCUAGGGAAUUUGUUAAUCUUGUUCAAGGUGAGUUGUCCAUAGCUGAUUAUCAAGCAAAAUUUGAAGAACUGAUGCGUUUUGCACCGAAUAUGAUUCUUGAUGAAUAUACUAAAGCAAAGAGAUUUGAAGAUGGUCUUAAGCCAAUGAUUCGGGAGAAGGUGGCAAUUUUGAAAUUGAAUAGGUAUGCUGAUGUGGUGGAACGAGCUCUUAUAGCAGAACAGAGUGUUUUAGAAUCUAUGAAGACAUUAGAUUUCAAAACACAGAGGUUAGAGAGGACAGCUCAAGAUCCACGAGUUUGUUUCCAAUGUGGAAAAUUUGGACAUAUCCAAAAGAACUGCCCACUGUUACAAAUCCGUGCCCCACAACAUCAUACAUAUGCUCCUUACCUACCUCAACAGAAUUACCAGAGGCCACAGUAUGGUCAACAUCCUAGAUAUCAAGGAGGAGUACCUACUCAAGCUAGGCCAAAUGGACCAACAAGUGGAAGACAACCUGCACAACUCGCACAGGAUCGAGUGUAUUGUUUGGGUCAAGUUAACAAUUAG